CUGCACAGACCUGCCUGCGUCGCUCUACCCGGCCUCCGCCAUCUUGCCUCGCUCCCUGCCUGCCAGAGGCCGAGUGCGGAAGUUGAAACGGCACUGUGCGGGCUCGGGGUUCCGCCUGUGGACGGCUUUGCAUAUCUUCCAGCCGACACAGCCUGCUUUCCAUCAACUUUAAACGUUCCCAAGCAGCAGAGACCAGGGGAGAGAUGGCUUCACGGUUACCGGCGUGUGUUGUCGACUGCGGCACAGGUUACACCAAACUGGGUUAUGCAGGAAACACAGAGCCGCAGUUCAUCGUUCCAUCAUGUAUUGCCAUCAAAGAGUCGGCCAAGGUUGGAGACCAGGCCCAGCGGAGGAUGAUGAAGGGGGUGGAUGACUUGGAUUUCUACAUUGGAGAUGAAGCAGUAGACAAGCCCUCAUACUCCACUAAGUGGCCCAUCCGUCAUGGCAUAGUGGAGGACUGGGACCUGAUGGAGCGCUUCAUGGAGCAGAUCAUCUUUAAGUACCUCAGGGCUGAGCCCGAGGACCACUACUUCCUGCUGACGGAGCCUCCUCUGAACACACCGGAGAACAGAGAGUACACAGCUGAGAUCAUGUUUGAGUCCUUCAACGUACCUGGGCUGUACAUCGCUGUGCAGGCUGUGCUGGCUCUGGCAGCCUCCUGGACGUCCAGACAGGUGGGAGAGAGGACGCUGACAGGCACCGUCAUCGACAGCGGGGACGGAGUCACCCACGUCAUCCCUGUGGCUGAAGGCUACGUCAUUGGCAGCUGUAUAAAGCACAUUCCCAUCGCAGGACGAGACAUCACCUACUUCACCCAGCAGCUCCUGAGGGAGAGGGAGGUUGGCAUCCCCCCGGAGCAGUCGCUGGAGACAGCCAAGGCUGUCAAGGAGCGCUUCAGCUACGUGUGCCCAGAUCUAGUCAAAGAGUUCAACAAGUAUGACACAGAUGGCUCCAAGUGGAUCAAGCAGUACACCGGCAUCAACUCCGUCAGCAAGAAAGAGUUCAUGAUCGAUGUGGGCUACGAGCGCUUCCUGGGGCCCGAGAUCUUCUUCCACCCAGAGUUUGCCAACCCUGACUUCACCCAGCCUAUCUCUGAAGUUGUGGACGAGGUCAUUCAGAACUGCCCCAUAGACGUCAGGCGUCCUCUCUAUAAGAACGUGGUUCUGUCAGGAGGCUCCACCAUGUUCAGGGACUUCGGCCGGCGUCUGCAGAGAGACCUGAAGCGGUCGGUGGACGCCCGGCUGAAGAUGAGUGAGGAACUGAGUGGAGGCAAGCUCAAGCCCAAACCAAUCGAUGUCCAAGUCAUCACUCACCAUAUGCAGAGAUAUGCAGUGUGGUUUGGUGGAUCAAUGUUAGCAUCAACUCCUGAGUUCUACCAGGUGUGCCACACCAAGAAGGACUACGAAGAGAUCGGGCCGAGCAUCUGCCGCCACAACCCCGUGUUCGGAGUCAUGUCUUAACUCUGGGUGAGCUGGGGGGGAGUUAGGCGGUGCAAGGACAGGCUCAGGAGGUGCUUUUGAUUACUUGUUCAGCUCUGGAUGUGUGGGACGAGAAUGCAGAAUAUUAAAAAAAAAAAAGAGAGACCAGACCAAACACAGACCGGCUGGAAAUGUAUUGUGAAUGUUCCUAUUUUCUUUCUUUCCGUUUGUUUUUUCUUGUCAAAAUGAGGGAAAAUGGUUGGUAAAGCCAAAAGCAUUUUGGAUCUGUUGCGCAACAUGCAGUGAGGGAUGAUGAUAAAGUUUAUGAUAAAGAUGGCCUCAGUCUUUCCGUCAGUCCUUGCAUGUUGACAAAAAUAUUGAAAGUAAUUUCCUGACAGCAGAACACAUUAUUUAUGUUUAUCAAACAUGAGUCCAGGCAAGAUCCCACGACUCUUGAGACCAUUGACAAGUUUAGAACAUAUUAUUGUCUGCUUUUAUUUUCUGCACAUGUCUGUGUAUCAUGGCAAGAGCUUGUUUAUAUUUCAUACAAACGUUUUUUAUAUGUAAAACUUGGGAAAUCAGGGGUAAAAAAUGAAUUGAUAUCAUUAUCAUCGAAAGACUGUUUUAACCCACGAUGCAGCUUUGACACGCAGUAUUUUCUUGAGUUUGAGUAGGUGUCUAUUAUUCUCCACGUCUCAUUGCUGUCUCCCCUUUAAUUCCUCAUACAGUACUUUUAAUUCCUAUCUGCUUUCACUAUGUCAGGAUUCCACCUCUGUGAUGCAGUGAAAGAGAAGAGAAGAGCUAUAAAGAUGAAAACAAAUAAGAACGACUGUCAGACCAGUAUUGUUAGACUAGAAGUUUUUUAUAAUGAAAUGCCAAAUUAUUAAAAGAAUGGGAUUUGUGUAUUUAAUGCCUUGCAACAUUCCAAUAAAGGCUUAAAUUUGUUUCUAA